ACGCACACACGUACACGUACACGUACACGUACACACACACACACACACACAGUAUAAAAGCCCUGUUGAUGUGCACGUUCGUGUUGGACCGCUGCUGCAUGGUGUGUGUGGACGAGCUGAAGAUUUAAACGGUGUGCUGUGAGGAUCGACACAGAACCUUCUGGGAUGGCGAACUGGCUCGUUCUGCUGGUGGCGUGUGUGUCCAUAAACCUCUCGCUAUCUAGUAAAGAACCGGAAUAUUUCAGUCCACGGAGCUGCAAAGAGCUGAUGGAAAGAUAUGAAAUUGAAGAAGAUGGUCUUUAUUACCUGACCUCGCCCACCGGCGUCAAGUAUCAGACGUACUGCGACAUGACGACCGCAGGAGGAGGAUGGACUCUGGUGGCCAGCGUUCACGAGAACAACCUGUACGGGAAAUGCACCACCGGUGAUCGCUGGUCCAGUCAGCAGGGUGGAAGUCCGAACGUUCCUGAUGGAGACGGGUCGUGGAGUAACACCGUCACUUUCGGCAAUGCAGAAGCUGCAACCAGCGACGACUUCAAGAAUCCUGGGUAUUAUGACAUCACAGCGGAGAACGUGGCAGUGUGGCACGUUCCUAAUAACGAGCGAGUGGGUCGUUGGAAACUAACAUCAUUCCUGCGCUACCACACGGAGUCCAAAUUCCUCAGAAGCUACGGAGGAAACCUCUACAAUCUCUUCAAGAUUUUCCCGGUGAAGAACAACGCAGGAAGCUGUCCUGCUAACCACGGCCCCUCGGUUCCUGUAGUGUACGACGCUGGAGACGCCUCAUUCAACCACAACCUCUUCGGACCCCACGUCAGGGCGAGGACUGACCCCGGAUUCAUCAUGUUCCGAGCGAUAAACUACGAAAAGGCGGCGAUGGCGAUCUGCUUGGGAGUCAAACCCAAAGACUGCAACACCGAACACAGCUGUAUAGGAGGAAGUGGGUAUUUUCCUGAAGGGUCUCCAAGGCAGUGUGGAGACUUCACGGGACUCGAUUGGUCCGGUUACGGCACUCACGUGGGCUGGAGCGCCAGUAAACAGCUGAUCGAGGCGGCGGUGCUCAUCUUCUACCGCUGAGUCAUCUACAAGUAUUUCUUUCCAGAUGUUUGACCUGGGGUCAUGUGUCUCUCUCCACUCACAGAUCGCACUUCUGAGAAACAAAAUACAGUUUAACCAAAUAAAUGAUUUUUAACAGGC